AUGGCAUUUUACCAGUCGAAAAAAAAAAACAGGCAAAGAAGUUCAUCUCAAAAUAUUGAGGAAGGAACCCAAAACUUAGGCAACCCCGAAGCGUGCAGAUCACAAGGCGGAGAGGAAGUUCCACGGAAGGCAACUUGGAACGAUGCGCACCACGCGAUAAAAGUAAAAAACGAAAGCGGAAGCCAGGGGGGAAGUCGUAGCCGAAGUCGAAGCGAAGCUCAAGCGGGAGGUCAACCGGCAGAUCAAGCGGCAGAUCAAGCGGCAGAUCAAGCGGCAGAUCGAAGCCGCAGCUCAAGCCGAAACCUCAGCGAGAGGCACCCCUGCAUUGACACCCGUUCUCCGGCAGACGACCCUACCAGAACGGUCCCCCCCCAUUCGGAGGAAGGCCCAAGUGAAAUAGCGAACUCGUCUGGAAACACGUGUAGCGUCCCCGCUCAUGAAAAGUUAAGCGACAGGGUGGGAGGCACACCGGGAGGCACACUGGCAGGCACGCUGGGAGACGCGCUGGGAGACAGACGAGUCGACAAACCGCUCAACCUGCCGGGUCACAAACCGGGAGAAACGGCGCUUUCUCCGCUGCUAGCCCAGCUGCCAACCCAACUGCCAACCCAUCAAACCAUGAACUGCUACCAGAGCGAUCCCAAAAAAAACAGCUACCUCAUGAGGCAGGCUGUAUUUUUCACGCCAAUAAAAAACUGCGUAAACACAAGUAAUGAAAAAAAGGAAAUUGCAAACAGAAUCGGCCAAAAUGGGAAUGACGAGUAUGCCUCGAAUGGCACUUUGCACAACAAUGGUGCUUGGGUUGGAGGCUCUGAUCAGAGGAACGCGGAUAGUUUUAGUGGAACGAUUUGGAAGGGCAAAGAGACUUUGUUGUCUUUGAAUAGUGACAAGCCUGGCGUCAACCAUGGAAGCGUAAAUUUCAGCACCGCGCCUGUGUCCUCCUCGCACAGCUUUGGCGCGGCGGAGUAUGCCGUCUCGGGGGGAGAGUACUCCCAUACAGGGGGACACUACUGCAGCGGUGUGGGGGAGUACACCGCUGGGGGCACGGAGUACGGUGGAGGAGGCGCGGGGGAGUACCCCUUCUGCAGCGCGAAUGGGACUUUUCGCGCGCCAAGCGGGAACAAUUUCAGCAGCGGGAACAACUUCGGCAGCGUGAGCAGCAGCCUGACUCUGCAGGGGAACAACGUCAACACGCCCAGCAUAGGCACCGUGAACUUUCUCCAAAACGGAAGCACCAUGAGCGGUAAGGUGGGAGUAGCGUCCGUGGGAGCGUCCGUGGGUGGGAACAACAACGAAGGCAGUCUGGAAUACCUGAACAUAUCAUCCCAAUGUUUCACAGAAAAAAAAAAAGACAUCGUGUACCUGUUUCAAGAGCUCCUAAGUUAUUGCGAGUGCUUAAAAAGAAAUAGAAAAAAGAGCACCGAGGAGAUUAAUAAAAUACGAAUUAGCUACAACAAGGUUUCGGAUUUACUAAAGGAAACGUUGAAAAGAGAAAAAAACAGCCACAUAAAAAUUGAGGAACUGAGGAAUAUUAUCAUUACAUAUGACGAGAAAUUGGACCGAGUUAAAAAUAGCUCCGAGGGAACAAUAUCAAAUUUAAAUAAAAAUGUACAGACGUUAAUCGACUUAAACAACAAUCUCGAAAUGGAAAUGAAUAAAGUUGCAAAUGAAAAUCAGCAGUUGAGAAAAAUUGCACAAAAUGAAUUCAAUCUGAAUAAAGAAAUUAACGAAUUGAGAAAUCAAAUCGAAAUUUUAAACAACGAGAAAGUUGUUCUUGUAGAUCAAAUUGAUGGACUUCGGUUGGAAAACUCCAAAAUUGAAAAUGAGAAAAAUGUCCUCCUAAGUGAUAAGACAUUAUUACACUGUAAAAUUGACGAACUUGAAAAUGGACUGAAAAAUAAAAAUAAAAAAAAUAUAUUUAAUCAGCCAAAUGGAACUGAACGAGAGAGCAAUCCCUUUAUAAUCAACUCAGACGAAGAAAUAAAUCAGCAGGUGAGUAACUACUUAAAUUUGAACCAUGAGCAGCGGACGGAGCUCUUCAAGAACUUCCUCUACCACUGGCGCGAGACCAAUAAGGCAGGUCAGAAAUUUUACGAGCAGUCCUGCGUCGCCGGCGCGUCCCUCUAG